AGAAAACUACAUGUAGGAGGCGGGGUCCUGGGAGAAGACCGACGCGGUUCGUGGUGGCGAAGGCGGCUUUAGUGGCAGCAUGAAGCGCACACAGACCGCGGAGGAACGAGAGCGCGAAGCCAAGAAACUGAAACUACUUGAGGAGUUUGAAGACACUUGGCUUCCUUAUCUGACCCCCAAGGAUGAUGAGUUCUAUCAGCAGUGGCAGCUGAAAUAUCCUAAACUGGUUCUCCGAGAAGCCGGAAGUGUGUCCGAGGAGAUCCACAAAGAGGUCCCUGAAGCCUUCCUCACCUUGCUCAAGCAUGGCUGCUUGUUCCGGGACCUGGUUAGGAUCCAAGGCAAAGAUGUGCUCACUCCGGUGUCGCGCAUCCUCAUUGGGAACCCAGGUUACACCUACAAAUACCUGAACACCAGGCUCUUCACAGUGCCCUGGCCAGUAAAGGGCGCCACCAUCAACUACACAGAAAGUGAGAUCGCUGCUGCAUGCCAGACCUUCCUCAAGCUCAAUGAGUACUUCCGGGUAGAGACCAUGCAGGCCUUGGAAGAGCUUGCCGUCAAGGAGAAGGCCAAGGAAGAUGAAGUGCCAGUGUGUAUGACGGAGUUCCCAAGGCUUGGUGUGGGGUCAUCCUGUGACAAUAAAGUGGACCUUAAGAGCAGAGCUGCCUUCAACGUGACUUUGCUGAAUUUCAUGGAUCCCCAGAAAAUGCCAUACCUGAAAGAUGAGCCUUAUUUUGGCAUGGGGAAGAUGGCAGUGAGCUGGCACCAUGACGAAAACCUGGUUGACAAGUCAGCGGUGGCGGUGUACAGUUACAGCUGUGAAGAUUCUGAGGAGGAAAGCGAGGAUGAUUCCAGUUUUGAAGGCCGAGAUCCUGAUACCUGGCAUGUGGGAUUUAAGAUCUCCUGGGACAUCGAGACGCCUGGUCUGGCAAUACCGCUUCAGCAGGGAGACUGCUACUUCAUGCUUGAUGAUAUCAAUGCCACCCACCAGCACUGCGUAUUGGCUGGUUCUCAGCCUCGGUUUAGUUCUACCCACCGAGUGGCAGAGUGCUCGACUGGCACCUUGGAUUACAUUUUACAGCGUUGCCAGUUGGCUUUGCAGAAUGUCUGCGCUGACCUGGAUGGUGGCGAUGUCUCUUUGAAAUCAUUCGAGCCUGCGGUUUUGAAGCAAGGAGAAGAAAUCCACAAUGAGGUGGAGUUUGAGUGGCUGAGACAGUUCUGGUUUCAGGGAAAUCGAUACAGCAUAUGCACUGACUGGUGGUGUGAGCCCAUGACUCAGCUGGAAGGACUAUGGAAGAAGAUGGAGAGUGUGACAAAUGCUGUGCUUCGUGAAGUUAAAAGAGAGGACCUCCCUGUGGAACAAAGGAAUGAAAUCCUGGCUGCCAUCCUGGUCUCACUCACCGCCCGCCAGAACCUAAGGAGGGAAUGGCAUGCCAGGUGCCAGUCCCGAGUUGCCCGGACUCUACCAGCACACCAGAAGCCAGAAUGCAGACCGUACUGGGAGAAGGAUGACCCUUCCAUGCCGCUGCCCUUCGACCUCACAGACCUGGUGGCGGAGCUCAAGAGUCAGCUUCUGGAAUCAAAGCCCUAGAAGGAGUUCAGGUCUCAGGUGCAGAGAGAAACCCUCCCCUCUGAGCCCUCCACAAGCGCAGUGUUGACGUCUUUGCUCAUAGGCUGUAAAACCUGGGUCUCAGUUGGAGACAGCUAGAGAAUGAGGCCAACAAUUAUUGCAACGUUGAAAAUAGCACAGUAUUAUAGUCUCAUUUGGUAUUGAACUAGAACCUCUUCCCCCACCCCAAUAUUACCUGAAUGUAUGUUUUUUGUGGAUACCCGUUAGCACCCCACCCCCAGAGGGUAGCAUCAGGCAUGAGCUAAGCCUAUGAGAAACCUCAUCAAUUUUCUUCCUUGACUAACCACUCAGAGACUUGGAGUGAACAAGACAGAGCUUGAGCCAGCCAGCCCAGCUCCUCACCAUGCCCUCUAGUAACUGAGUCAGCCAAGAUGGUAGCCGCUAGCUCACUGUAGCUAUUCACACUUAAAUCUAGCUUUAAUUUUAAUUCAAGAUUCAUCCCCCUGUUUUCUGGGCCACAUUUGAAGUUCUUAAAUCCACCUGUGGCUAGUGACCAUGGAACAUUUUCACCAUUAUAGGAAGUCCUCUAGAAGGAUUCUUGAAAGUUUGAGAGCAGACAUCCUACCUUCCAAUUCUUAUAAUUGCUGUUUCGAGGAGGGGGGGUGGGCAGGAACUACAAGGCAGAGUAAAAAGUAGCAUCUUCCCUCCUCUGAGACAAAGGUCAGUGGGAGAGUGUGACUCUUCACUCCACACACAGGAAGAGGGAGGGCCUAACAAAAGUGGCCACAUUCUGUCUACACAGGGUUUCCCUGAUUUAAUGCCAGAGACCAGCCAUGUCUACGCUGCUUCAUGGAGUUACCUUAGCUACCUUACGGAGUUACCCAGAAAAGGAUGGUGUUUUCCUGCAGUUCCUCCAUUCAUAGGUAGUGACAGGUAGCAUGGAGGCCUGAAGGACCCAGUGCAUCAUCAGAAACCAGACAGAAGAUGUUAAGCCUGGACUCCCAUUUCAGGAUGCCUGGAUUAAGACUGAGACCCAUUUUGUAAUUUCUGGCAUACUCUUGCACCCCAGCUUACUUAUCUGUAUAGUGGGGGGCACUAAAGACACCAAGUCCUAACACAAGGAUUAAGUGAGGUGACCUGACUACCACCCUAGAACAAUUUCUGACCUCCUGCUCAACACCCAAUAAAUAUCAGUGUUUCCUAAGCUGACAUGUAUGUAGCCAUUUUCCUUUCCCUCUGAGAUCCUAGCUCUAGUUAUAUCUCCUGACAGCAUUGCCACAUCUUCCUCUAUCUGGCUUGGCUUUUGCCCUGUAGUGUCCCCAGAAAUGGUUGUCACAACAAUUAUCUGCUCUCCUCAGCCCAUGACCUGUUCUUAUAGCUGUUCAGAAGUUAAGGAGGGCAGAGUUUUUGCUACAACCAGGACCUCCCUGGUUCAAAGUGUACAUUCAUCUCUAUGGCCAUAGCUGCAGAAAAGACACGUCUCACAGGACCCAAGUCUUUCAGACCUUGACUCACUCCAUGAUGUCUUUGAGCCUCAGUUUCUUCAUCAGUAGAGGUGAAGUGCAGUCUCACUAUUGUUUUGACACAUUAAAUGAAAUGAUGUAGGUAAGUAGUGAGUGACUUAAGAUGCCACAAACUGAGCCCCCAUCCUUGGGCCAUGUAGCCCUGUGUUUUAUUAAUUUCCCAUGAUAUUUCUUUUUUGUUUUAUUUCAUGUCUUGCAAAUAUUAAAGUUAGAAGAGUUCAUAUAAAAUAAACAUCUUCAUUACUUAGAAUUUAGAACACCUGGCAGUCCUGGGCCUCCAUCCACAUGGUGUUAGCUCAGUAGUGUCUUGCUGUGACCCUCUGUUCUGUGCCGUAGACCUUGCUGCUCCCUGUCACCAUUUUAAUGUAAACCUGACCCUUUCCCAUCCCAAGCCCACUUGCUCGUACCCUUGUAGUAGAAAUCACCCCAAUACUUCUGCAUUACUAUUGAAUUACAUUCAUGAACUGCUUGUACUGGUAUUUGUGUGCUUCUAUUCAUAUUCAAUAAAGAAUUAAGCGCUAAGAAACCA